AUGACUUACUUUUAGAUUGUCGUUGCAUUCGGUGAAUGCGGCCAGCCUAUUAUUUUUGAAAUUCCUAUACCCCCGAAAUCUAUAGAUAUCUGAAUGCAAAAGUUGUAUCAGGCUCAUAAUUAAAAUAGUGAUACAGAAAGUCCAAAGAGCUCGAACGAUGAGGGUAAUUUAUCCUUCCCUACUAAAUGCCGUCCUGUUUUUUAGUUUGGUUGUUGGUGUUGUAAAAGCAGCCAAUACUUGCAAGAGAGGAUGUCCCCAAUCUGACAAUGGGAUCUUAAAAUUUCAGCCAGGAAAUGUUUACGAAUACAACUUUGAUUCAAUUCUGACAUAUGGACUAGGGCCAGGCGCGUCGACAGAUAUCGAUGACACAAACUUAAAACUAGUUGGCACAGCUAAAGUUUUUGCUGAAGGCAAUUGCGGAUACACGUUACAACUGAGUAUUAUCAAAGUUUCGAGCACCAAAGAAGUCAUAGAAAAGAAGAUAGUGCAAAGCAUUCAGAAGCCUGUACAUUUUACCUUAGUGAAUGGCAAACUGGAGUCUCAAUUGUGCUCCGAUCCCAAUGACAAUCAAUAUGCUUUGAAUAUAAAACGAGCUAUUAUUUCCUUGUUACAGUCUAGCACGGAAGACGGUACCGAAAUUGAUGUCUUUGGCCAGUGUACAACGCAUACAUCAGAAUCUAAAGUUGGUGGGGCGCAGAUUGUUACCAAAACACGUGAUUUAGAUCAAUGUAACUAUCGAGAGAAUACUUAUAGUGGUUUAAUCCAAGGUGUUGUUAACCAAGCGGCUGGAAUCAAAUCUACGCAUAUUUUCAAAGCUAGCUAUGUCAAGGAAUCGAAAAUUUCGAAUGGCGUUGUUGAAAAUGUCCAUUUGGUUGAAGAGUACAGCUUUGGUGUGGGCGAGAACGGCAUGCACAGUGUGCAAGGCAAAGUAAUUACGAACCUAAAGUUAAAAAAUCUAUCUGGCGCAGCCGCAGUUGCCCCUCAGACUGGCGCUCAUGGCACUUCAAUUAUUUUCCAAAAACCGGAGUUAUAUACAACUAAAAAUUUGGUUGUUUUAAAAUCGGCCUUAACUCAACUAGUCGACUUACUGAACGACUAUGUGAAAAAAGACUCUGCCAAAGGUUUUAUUGAACUUAUACGUUUAAUGCGUAAUGCGGACACGGAUACCCUGCUAGAAUUGGCCGCUGUGGCUCACCCAAACACCGUCUUGGCACGUAAGGUGUAUCUGGAUGCAUUAUUUCGCACUGGUACCUCCGAAUCUACCAAGGCCAUUCUAAAACAGUUUACAAAAUUAGACGAACAUGAAAAGCUUAUCGCCAUUAUUUCACUAAACCUCGUACAGUCUGUAGAUAAAGACACUUUAAAUCAAGCAGAAAAGUUAUUAACAUACAACGCUCCAAAACAAGUAUAUUUGUCUAUUGGCAAACUGGUUUCGAAAUAUUGCAGUGCAAAUGGAUGUGAGCAGGCAGAAUUGGACGGAAUCUCAAAGAAAUUUAUUGAUAAUCUUAAGCAUUGCAAAGCUAACACAAAAAAGGACGAAGAUCGUAUUGUAAAUGUAUUGAAAGGUAUAACUAAUAUGGAACAUUUAACAAGCAACGCUGCUGUUGUUUUGGCUGAGUGUGCUUCAUCGGGCCGCUCGACGCGAAUUCGUGUGGCAGCGUUGCAGGCUUUUUCUUCAGCUAGCUGCGAUUCAGUUUUGGCUUCAAAAGCCUUGGCCUUACUGCGCGAUCGUAAUGAAGAUUCGGAGAUAAGAAUCGAAGCAUAUUUAGCAGCUAUUAAUUGUCCUACAGCUAAUUUGGCCACCGAUAUUGCAGAUAUUGUAAAUUCAGAGCCGGUAUAUCAAGUUGGUGGAUUUAUUGCAUCCAGUCUUAGAGCAAUACGUGAUUCAACGGACGCUUAUCGUGCUCAUCAGCGCUACUUUUUGGGUCAUAUUCGUAUUACAAAACAUUUCCCGAAAGACUUAAGACGCUACAGCUACAAUAAUGAAGUAUCCUACAAACUUGAUGCACUAGGUGUUAGUGGUAGUUCCGAUUACAAGUUGAUAUAUUCACAAUAUGGAUUCUUGCCCCGUUCGGCAAGGCUUAAUGUUAGCACUGAAAUUUUCGGCACGAACUUUAACGUUUUCGAAGUAAGUGCAAGGCAAGAAAACUUAGAGAAUGUUUUGGAAUAUUAUGUGGGACCUAAAGGUUUGCUUAAUAAGGACUUUGAUGAGAUAAUGAAACUAAUCGAAGUCGGAGGAAAUCCUAAUCGCGCCCGUCGUUCCAUUGUUGAUGACACAUCAAAAUUUUCAAAAAAAUAUAAAACAUAUGGGAGCAAAAACCUUCAAGACAUCAAUCUUGACUUAUCGAUGAAGUUCUUCGGUUCAGAAAUGCUGUUCCUUAGCCUUGGAGAUCAGAUUCCAAGCACAUUAAAUGAUAUAAUUAAACAUUUUUCUUUCAUGUUUGAUGAAGUAAAAAAGGAACUCUCAUCGUUUAAUAAAGAAUUCACUUUGCACGAUCUUUUCCUUGAUGUAAAUGCCAUAUACCCGACUGGUCUUGGUAUACCAUUAGAGUUGAAUACGCAAGGUUUUUCCGCUAAUAAAUUAGAUUUCGGUAUAAACCUAGAUAUCGAUGCUGUCCUUGAGCAAAAUUGGAUAGUCACCAAAUAUCAAAUGAAGCUAGUACCAAGUGUUGAUAUUAGUUUAAAAUUACAACUUGGUUUUAACGCGUAUGUUUUGGCUACAGGACUUCAGAUAGAAUCUAAUUUUCAUUCAGCGCCUGGUACCGAUAUUAAGUUCGAUUUCAUUAACGAAGGAAAUGGCUUCAAUUUAGACAUCCAGUUGCCCCGAAACAAGCUUGAAUUAAUCGAUGUGGAAUUUAACCCAGGAUUUUAUAUAACUGAACUUGAUAAACCAACAAAGGUAAUUACGCCAAAAGUUGCCAAGAAGCGAAACAUCGAUAAAUACCACAUGUGCUUUAAUCAAUUGGAUAGCAUUGGACUGAAUUUAUGUAUAAAUACAGCUGGGGUUGCCAUUGGAAAAGAAAACUCAGCAAAUAAUGGGGACAUUUACAGUUUAACACAUCCAGUUAGCUUCAGUGUCUGCACAGAAACGGAACGAAAAUAUAAUCUGCAGGGAUCAUAUGUGUCAAAGACAAAUAGUGGCAGUCAGCAGUGGAAACUUGAAUUGAAUACUCCAGGAUCGGUAGAAUCUCAUACUGCUAGCAUCACCUUUGAGCUUGGAUCGAAUCCCCACUCUUAUGGACGGUUGGCUUUUAAUACCCCGUUGUAUCACUUUGCCCUUGAGUCCGGUUGGAAAAACGACAACAAAGAAUUGGUUCUAUAUGCUCAAUAUGAGGAUAAUGACAACGUCAAACGAAACAGGAUUGGCUUCAUUCGCAGUGGUAAUGAAUAUCGUCCUGUUAUUGAAAUUCAGGAUAAGAACGGUGUGGCCCAGGAAAUUAAUGGCUAUAGUAUGGAUGGAAGGAUAGUUUUACAAAAAACAGGCGACAAACUAGCCAGAUACAUUUUCGAUAAUUUCCAGAUAAAACAUAAAGAAAAUGAAUGUGUUGUUGUAAACGGUUGGACAGAAGUGGGACCAGCUUGGUUGAACAAUGAAAUGCGCAUAGGCGUUGGAAAGGAUUCAUAUCUGAUCAAAGGUAACUUCAAGGUGGAUAAGGGGGUAUAUGAUAUUGGAUUCUUCACAAAUGAUGAGCGGACGCCCGACAAUGUCUAUGGAGGAUCCGCCAAUGUCCAGCUGGCUGAACAAUUAUUCGUUGUACAGUUGGUUGGCGCCGCUGCUUAUUGGCAAGUGGAUUUUAAUAAUGAAGUGCAGUACACAACGUCUGAAAAAUCGAAUGCCUUUGCAUCCAGCAACUUCAAACACGAAAUAACUAUCAGGCAAAAGAAGAAUGUGUUUGGACAAUUAAAAUUAAAUGGCAUAACCUCUGGUAACAACAAACUGGAACUCGAUACUGAAUUAGUGCGAGGCAAGAGGCUGACUGCUUUUAAAUUCAAAUAUUUCGGUAAUCGGCAUGCUCAAGGUGAUUAUAUUGUCGAGUUACAUGGAAAAUAUAACAAACAUUUUGCUGACAUAAUCGCCAAGAGUGACUUUAAUGGGUAUCGUUUUGUCAUUGAUAACUCUCUUGCCACUAGUUGGGGUACAUCAAUCACAAUUAAAGGUGAAGUAGGUCAACGUUUCACCGCUCAAGAUAUUCAUAUUGAUGUUAAUGGUGCAGCACAGUUUAGUAAGAAAGAUAAGCCAUUUCAAUGGUAUGUCAAAGUGAUUGGUGCACCCGACAAGACCAGCAACGAGUUGAAAGUAUCACGUGACAAUACAGAAAUUCUAAAAUAUAUCGGUGAACUGCAUCAUCCUCAAGACAAACUAUCAGCUGGAAAGAUCAAUUUGUCCGCCAAAAAUUUAGCAGUACUUAAAGCUGACUUUAAAGUCGCCAAAAAUGGGAAAGGCGAAGUUAACGUAGCAAUUGAAACAAUUAAAUCCGAUCAGAAACAUAAAGUUGACGUAAAUUCAAAAUUCCAAGUGCAAGCACCCAAAUAUGAAGUGGAAACAAUAAUUGUCUUUGACGACGAAAAAAAAGUUUUCUUUAGGACCGAAAGCCAUUUGGAUAAAGUGAAAUUUUCAUCUAAGAAUUUAGCAGAAAUUUCAAACAAAAAAAUUGCAUUCGAUGCUACUGCUGCGGUUAAAGGAGAUUUUCGGAUAAAUGGCGAAUUGCAGGGAAACUUUGUUUUUACUUCCCCUACGGGUUAUGUUAUUGAUGGUAAUGUCAAACACAAAGUUACCACCAAUACCAAAACCGGUAAUGCACAAGGCAAUCUUGACGCACAAGUAAGUGAAUCAUACGACAGCAAAAAACGCUCUUUGGCGUUCACGGUUAAUGCUGACAAAUUUAAUUCUAAAACAAAAGAGCUCUUGCAAAACGUUGAAUUGACGUUCACUAAUUUUGACAGUAAGAAAUUGGAAUUAGCAGCGAGUUUAAAACAUUUACCCAAAGAGCAAAGCAAAACCAUCGAAAUUAAAUCAAGCUUACGAGGCGAUUUCCUAAAUAUACCUGCAAAUGCGGAUUUUGUAGUUGAUGAAUAUGAUAGCGAACAUGCCAUUUUCCGAAUUGACCUUAAAUAUGGAGAAUCCUACAAUUACAAUAUUAAUGGUAGAUAUAAUUUCGGCGGUAACGAUAGCCCCGCGUCAUACGAAGUCCAAGGAAAUGUUCAAUUACCAAGGAGUAGCAUCAAGUCGGUCCAGUUCAGCUCGAAUGGUAAGCUGAUAAAGCCAUCAAAUGGAACUGGCACCUAUAUCAUUGAACUGCAUGUAGAUGAACAUGCUGGAGAUAGACAAUUCUUGCGUCUGAACACUGUUUGGAAGAGUUCACAGCAACAAAGUGCUUAUUCUUUCGAUUUGGAAACUAAAGAUAUGCAUGGACCACUGACAUUGGAGGGUACCUACGAGCAUCAGGGAGCUAUUAAAAACGGCUUAACUAGCAUAAAACAAGGAUAUUCAUUCAACUGUAAUUAUAACAAUAAUUUUGUUAAAAUGUCUGUUGGUCUCAAUUUUGAUGGUGUCAACAAAGCAACCGCACAUUACGCAUUGGACAGUAGUUUCGAAUCAGCUAAAAAUGUUGGUGUAGAUAUACAUUUGCAGAAACUUGAAGUCGAUGCUUAUGAGGUCAAGUGGCAGGCAAAGUGUGGCAACAGCGUAUAUUCAUCUGAUGCCAAAAUCUAUCAGUCGCAAUAUAAAAAAGGAUUUGAUUUGUUUGUCAAAACUCCAAAAAGUGGUCCUAUAGUUUUUGUGGGCCUUUUUGAAAUUUUAGGAGAUCACAAAUCGAAGCUUUCGAUUGAAAUAAAAAAUGUGAUUGAUUUAGAUUUCUCCUAUAACUCAGAAUCAUCAUAUAAGAAUUUUGAUGAUUUCUUUAUUCAAGCAAAUUUGAAUUCGGCAAAAUUAAAUCUUCAAAACUACGACCUUGAUGUGCGAUCCCAGGGUAAAUCUAUAGUAUUUCAUUUGAAAAACGCACAGGAUGUAAUUUUUGCUGGCAGCGCGACUUACUCGCAUAAAAAGGAAAAGAGCAAGAGCAUUAUUGAAGGCCAGGGCCAGGCACAAUAUAAAGGAAAAUUACAGAAGACAAAUUUCCGACUCAUACAUCAAAUUUAUGACGUUAAUGUUGACAAAGAAAUGGGAUUCUCAUAUACCUUGGAUGGCACUUUUGGUCCAAAAAAAGGUGUGUCUACUUUGAAAAUUACGAACAAGGAAGUUGAUGUUAAAUUAUCAAUAUGUGAGGAGAAGAAACAAUGUACCAAUGUGCAGUUGCAGUCUAUUGUCUCCCAAAAUGGCCAAGAAAUAGAGUCGCCGCAACAUUCCUUACUUAUUGUAAUAGACUUGCGGGAACUUGGCUAUCCUUACGAAUUUGAAUUCCAAUCAAAGACUAUUCCUCAAGGAUUGAAGCUUCAAUAUAGCCUCGAAUCACAAAUUGUGUCAAACAAUAACUUAAAGUAUAAGUUUGUCGCCAACAUAUUGCCAACAAACUCUAAUAUUCAGGUCACAUUACCUCAUCGGGAACUUUUACUAGAAGUAAAGCAACUAUUCCCCGGGCAAGGAAAAAUCUUUGGACAUUACGAGAAUUCAAUCAUCUUCUACUUUGAUAAAAUGAACAAACCAAAUGAUGUUACUCGUCUAAAGGCUGUUGCUGAUAUAACUGGUACUGAGCUCUUAGACAUAAAUGUAAACAGUGAAAUGAGGUUUGAACAUCCAACUAUUCGCCCAUUGACAAUCUCAGGGAAAUUUGAUGUUAACCGCCAGCAAAAGAUUGUUAACAGCGAAGUUAUUUUGGACAUAUUCCGUUAUCCGGAACAACAGAUUAUCAGUUCCCUGCGCACACAAAGCAUCAACCAAGGCAAUGGUUUUAAUAUUACUACUUUGGAAACAUUGCAUUCCACCGGUCUGGGUUUUAAAUACGAAUUCAGCGGUCACACAGCGGUUAACGUGGACUCACAAAUAUUCAGUGCGGGUGCCAUUUUGCAUAGUGGUGCAUCAGAUCUGAAAGCUGUUGCCAACGUUUACGCUACAAUGGAGCAUACUGAUGUGUCCGUGUACGUUCUGAAUGAGCCCAUUUUACAGGUGGCAGUCGAUUUCAAUCGCCAAAAAUACGCAGUGAGGAUAGAUAGUAAGCUGCAACUUUUCAGCCAAGCUCCAUUUGAACUCGUCAGCGAGUUACAGCCCUCACAGUCAAAAUUCACUGUUAAACGCAAGGGUCUUCUCGAUCUGAACGCCGAUGCAAAACUUGGCAGGGAAUUUAAUGUUAGUAUUCAAGGCAUUGAUAAGCAACUAUUCAAUGGUCGCGUGGCUUUAGAUGCUGUCAACUUUUUGCAAACAAGUUACUCGAGCAACCGCGAUGACAUCACAUCAUUUCUGACUGUUGCUGAAACCGAAAUGAAAAAGGAUACAGAUGCAGCAAUUGAAAAAAUAAAGAGCAGAUUUAAACAUCUACGCGAAAUGGUCAAUAAGCAAACACAAUUGUUGAAGGGUAGCACACCCGAUCUUUCGAAGCUGAAGGCAAAUUAUGAGGAAAGUCUCAACGAAAUCGUUAACGAACUAGCGAAUGACCCGGCCUUAAAGCAGAUUAAUGAAAGCUAUGAGAAGAUUUACAGUAGGGCUUUGAAAAUUGCUGAGGAUGUAUCAAAGACUGCUACUGCGUUCUUUGAAAACGUGCACAAGUCCAUUGCAGAAUUUUAUGAAAACUUGCAAAGUACAUUAAAGGAAACCGUGCUACCAGCAUGGGAAGACCUGUUGGUUACCGCUUCCAAAGUUCUUGGAGAUUUGCGCGUGAAAAUAGUAAAUAUUCUAACUCAACUGGUCCAAGAUGCUUGGAGCAUAUUGGAAGAAUACGGGCCUGCGUUAAAAAAUUAUGGCAAAGCCAUUAAUGAUACACUGAAGCCACUGAAUGAAGCUAUUCAAGAACUUAUUAAAGUAGUAGCCGAGAUCAUUGAGGAGUUCUCCGAGGAAUUGAAGGAAUAUCUUACGAAACUUCCCAAACUUGAUGCACUCCAAAGUGAAUUGAAGAACCGUUUGAAAAACCUUCGACUUUUGGAUAAUACUUUAAAGUUUUUAAGCAAUCUCUUUGAACAAUUGCAAAUUUUACCAUUAACUCAAGAGUGUACCGAAUUCCUCAACAAAUUCCGUGAAUAUGCUGAGGCGAAGCUAACUAAUAAGCCAAUAAAUGAUGAGCAAGUUUUUCAAGAGCUGACGCAACUCCUAAUGCAAGCUGUAGGUUCUAUUUGGACUAAUUUGGAUGUAAAUUUACCAUCAAUCAUUUCCGGCAAUAUGUUUACUUCUUUAUUGGGUGCAACAUCGGAAUCAUUUGACAUACUUGAGAAACUCCCAAGCGUCUUGUCAUUCCGCUUUAGCAUUUUUAAUUUCUUCUUCAAUGAGAACUGGAAACAUAUUUUCAGCGAGGAAUAUCUAAAAUCUUGGAUAUUCUUCCAAGACUUUAAUCUUCAUGGUCAUAUCGCCGAUGGCCACCAAGUCUUUACUUUCGAUGGUCAACAUUACUCCUUCCCGGGGAGCUGCAAGUAUAUAUUGGCUCAAGACAGUGUGGAUAAUAACUUUACCAUCAUUGCACAGCUCAACAACGGCAAGCUCAAAGCUAUUAUAUUAACCGAUCGUGAUGGUAAUUUCGCUGAAAUCACGGACUCUGGCGUUCUGAAAAUUGAUGGCAAUCAAGCAGAGUUCCCUCAACAUGUCAAUAGCAUUUAUGCCUGGCGUUUAUUCUACACCAUUUGGUUACAUUCAGAAUAUGGUGUUGAAGUUAUGUGUACACAGGACUUGAAGGUGUGCAAUAUUAAAGUAGAUGGUUUUUACACCAGCAAGACACGCGGUCUACUUGGAAAUGGAAACGCCGAGCCAUAUGAUGAUUUCGUUCAAAUUGACGGCUCAAUCGCUCCAGAUUACGCUUCACUUGGUAACGGAUAUGCAAUCGGGAAAUGUGCAUCAAUUACUGCCCAACCAGUGGAUGAAACUCCACGAUCAGAUAUUUGUACCGAGCUAUUUAGUUUGUCUUCACCUUUGGUACCUGGUUAUAUCUUUGAGAAUCCUUCACCCUACCGCGCAAGAUGUGAUUCCGCAGUCGCUGAAGCACCGGAGAAGGAAAAAGAGCUGGCAGCUUGUAUAAUAGCUACUUCUUAUGGUUCUGCACUCAAAUUGCAAAAAAUUUCCAUUAGGUUGCCAUCACGUUGCUUAAAAUGUCCUGGUGCUGUUGGACAACGAGAACUUGGUCAGGAGUUUACAGUUAAGAUACCGAAUAACAAAGCAGAUAUUGUAUUCGUCGUCGAUAUGGACGUGAGCCCCACUUUACUAAGCAACUUGAUUGCACCUGUAAUAAUGGAAGUUCGAGACUCUCUUAAGACACGCGGCUUCACUGAUGUGCAGAUCGGGGUUAUUGCUUACAAUGAAUCCCAGCUCUAUCCGGCUUUGUUAACUAGUGAUGGUGGAAAAAUUAACUACCAAGGUAACAUAGCCAAUGUUCAGCUUAAUGGUCCCAAAAACUUCUGCAUACACUGUGCCUCGCAGGAGGUGGCUGAUCCAAAAGUGGUCGAAAUUUUCAAGGGCAUUGAGUUAUUUUUGAGAAGCAUCAUUCCACAAUCUGAUGAAAAAGCGUUCCGUCUUGCUCUCAAUUUCCCAUUCCGUGCAGGAGCUGCAAAGAGUAUUGUUGGAGUUCGUAGCAAUACCUUGGAAUUCUCCAAUUUGCUCAAAUUGGUACGUGCUCAUUUAACGGAUGCAGCAACCAGCUUCAACGGCGCUUUAUUACACAUGAUCGGCCCCGUAAAGGAAUUGUUCAUGGAAGGCAUUUCCAAGGAAAAAAUAGUCGGAUUUAAUUCGCGUUUAAUCGCAACAUUAGACGGUAAAGAUGCAAAGAAACGACAGAAAUUACAAUUUCAAAAUGAUAUCGGAAUUGAUUUUGUUCUCGACAAUGGGGGUUGGGUUUUCACCACACAAAACUUUGAUCAAUUAAAGCCCAACGAACAGAAAAAGACUUUUAAUCAAGUGGUAAAUACAUUAGCUGAUACACUUUUCAGAACGGAAAUCGUUAGCGAAUGUGAAUGUGAAGCACCCCAUGGGCUGCAUGCACAGCAUCGUUGCGUCAUUAAAUCUUCUACUUUCUUGCCGAAUAAGAAAAUUAAGUCGAAAUAGAUCGAAUUAUAUUUAAGCAAUGACUACAAACUAAACAUGCCUUUGUUAUACAAUAAGAAUAAAAUUAAUACAUUAAAAAAAAUCGUUUAUUUUUACUAAA